UACUUUGAUGUGUCAGAGAUAUUCUGUGAACACCUAAUUUCUGAUAGUUUUCUCGAGAAACUCGUAUUUUGCCUUACAAAUUUUUUCGUAAUUAUUUAUAUCUAUUAUUCCGCAAAAUGUAUCAGCAUAAAUUAAUUUAAGUAAUUAUAUAAUAUCUUUGAGAUUCAGGCGUCAAAGUUAUUUCCUAUUUUAAUUCCAUUACAAUUGUAAAAUUAUAUUUUAUUGGGGGAUAGUGAUCAUAAGACUAGUAAAAAUAUAAUAUAAUAAUAAACAACAAAUUAUUUUCGGAUCAGCAUUUCCAUUUUAAAAUAGUUAUAGAGUAGCAAAGAGCAAAGAAGAGUUGGUUCUUAGCUAUAGCGACGGUGAUAUUGACUCGGUUCAUGAACAAAUAAUCCAUGAAGAAUAAGAUAAGAAAAACCAGAAACUUCGACACAAAAAAUAUUUUUACGAUAGUAGUAAUAAAGAGAAUUGUUCAUCGAAUUUAAUAUUCGAAGAAGCUGAAGAUAAUUUCACAAGUAAAGUAAAGUAUCUCAUGUCUCAAAUAAGAAUAACGACCUAAGAAAUCAAUUUGAUGAAAAAAAUGAACAUGCGAUGUCAAACCCUUGUUUAUGUUGGUUUGAUGCCUGACGGAUCUCCUCCUAAAAAAUAUUUGAAGUUGAAUGAAUCACAUGCCAAAUAUAAAGUUACAAAGUUCGGAUGGAGAAGUAUUUGAAGUUGAUGUGGAUAUAGCAAAAUGUUCCGUCACUAUAAAAACAAUGUUAGAAGAUCUUGGUAUGGACGAAGAUGAAGAAGAAGUUGUUCCCUUGCCAAAUGUUAACUCUGCUAUAUUACGAAAAGUAAUUCAAUGGGCAACAUAUCACAAAGAUGAUCCACCGCCCCCAGAAGACGAUGAAAAUAAAGAAAAACGAACAGAUGAUAUAAGUUCUUGGGAUGCUGAUUUUCUCAAGGUUGAUCAAGGUACUCUAUUUGAACUUAUAUUAGCAGCAAACUAUUUAGAUAUUAAAGGUCUUUUGGACGUUACAUGUAAAACUGUGGCUAAUAUGAUCAAAGGAAAAACUCCAGAAGAAAUUCGUAAGACAUUUAACAUCAAAAACGAUUUCACUGCUUCCGAAGAGGAACAAGUUCGUAAAGAAAAUGAGUGGUGUGAGGAAAAAUAAAUUUAUUAUUUGCUUUGAAUGUUCCUUUUCAGAUUCUGUUAUUCAGUUUUGAAUCAAAAUAUUAGUUACUAUUGUGGUCUUGUAUAAUGCCGAUAUUCUUCGUAAUUAUAUAAAUUGCAAAUUCAAUAAAAAUUUAUUUCAAUUUAUUUUAUUCUUUGUUAUCGUCAAAUUGAUUUCUUAAUACCUUAUAUUAAUAUAAAGAAUGCUUGUUCAUGGAUGUACUGAAAGGAAGGCCUUGAUUAUUAACACAUUUAUAAUUUCGUGAUAAUAACGAUAAAAUGUCAUAUUUACUGUAUACAACAUAAUCAUUUAGAAACUAUUCGUUACAGAAAUAAGAAAAAAUUAUUUCGAUAAACUAUUAUGUAAUAUAUAAUAUAUAUUUAUUAAUAACACCAAUACACAUAAAUGUAGGCUAUUCUUCUGCUAAUACUAACAUACCAUUGUUUAUUCAGAUAUACUGAAUCCUAAUCUAGAGUUCGUUAUACCGCAAACCUUCUAAAAAAUUAAUUGAAAUUUGGAAAAAUAUCACAAUUCUUACUAAAAAUGAUAAUAAAGAGAAGUGAAACCUCUAUUGAUUGUGAUUGGUCAGUUGGAGAUAAAGGUUAUGGCAUGUGUUUAACUUGUUGAUAUGACGUAAUGAUUCGGUGCUAUAAUUCUAUAUUAUUUAUAUACUUUGUACAAUUUGACAAGUGAUCAGUGUGUGCAGCGUUUAUAGUGACUACUAAUAUUGGAAGAAAUAGAAAUGUUUAUUAAAAAUAGCAUGAAAGAUAUCUGUAACGUUUAGAAAAGUUUUCUAGACCAAAUUAAACUGUGAAUUUUAAGAAUUGAAAAAUUGCUUUAUCUAACAAGUUAUUGAAAUAGGAAAAUAUUUGAAUGUAGUUCAUGAACAACCCUUGUACAUCUGAAUAAAACACUAAUAAAUUUUCUUGA